CAAAUAAUUUUUUUUUCUUAUAUAACUUUUAUAUAAAUCAAAUAAUAAUAUAAAAAUGGCCCCAAAAAUUGAUGCUGCUGUAUUCCCACUCUUAGUUAUUGUUGGUACUGCUGUUGGUUUUACCGUUGGUGUUGGAUAUAAAAGAUUAUCCACUGACCAAGAUAUCAGUUUAACUCGUAAAGGUCAAAUGCUCUGGGCUAGCCGUGAAUCACCAAAAUUUGUUGAUAGAAAUACUACCCUUGAUAUGUACAAAGAAAUCCACACUGGAUCAUUCUUAAAAGAAUAAAUUAGAAACCCUAAUUUAAUCAAUAUUAUAGUUAAAAAAUAAACAAUUAGACGUACUCAAUAAAUGUAUAUAAAAUAAAUAAAUAAAUAAAUAAAUAAAUAAAUAAAUAAAUAAAUAAAUAAAUAAAUAAAUAAAUAUUUUAUUAAAAAUAUUUUUUAUAAAC